GCGGCUGGCAUAUUCCAAAAUGCCAUCACAAUAAAAAGACAACGAUUCAGUCAUCGUUGUAACGUUCGAUAAAAAACAUUUUUCUCCCACACACAAAUUUAUAUAAUGUUCAUCGUCGAGUGUUAACCUGAUCGACCCCCCUGUUUGAAUAUAAUCUUAAAAAGAAAAAAAAAAGAAAGAUAUUCUUAUCAUUUUUAACGUUUUAAUACUUUUGAUCGUAAUCAUCGGCCAGAUGUCUCGUUAACAGAUCAGAUCAGAUCAGCGAUAAAUUGAUCGUACAAAUUUGUGUUCAUUAAAGAAAAAGACGACGGCUUCUAGUGGUGAAAUUAAUUGCAAUCGAAUCAAUAGAAUUGUUUUGAGCAUGGUCGAACAGAAGUCAAGCACAACUGGUAAAUAAAAAAAAAACGAAACGAACAAAUAACCCUAAAUGUCUUGUUCGAAAUGGGUGCGAUUUGCAAUGUAUCAUUUUUGUAAAAAAUAAAAUGCCUUGACAUGUCGUCGGAGAUGGACAGUACAAGGAUUUUGUUGAUUCGAUUGGUGAAAUAAAUAAAUUGGAAAAGUGUGUUCCCUUGGCCGUAAAAGCAACAAUAAUUAUUGUAUACAUCGGUAACAUUUUACGUGUUAUAUAAAAAAAAAUUGUGAAGGUGGUGUGGUUUCUUUAAUGAUUUUUCAACAUUUCUACUGACCGCCUAAUGAAUUACAAAAUGUGAGUGCUUCCACAAAGUGAAGCAUCAUAAAAAAUCAUGGAAACAACGACCAUUCAAAUAUGUUUUUGUCGAUGAAUUUUCGGUUAACCUAUGAACACAUUAGCCUAUAACUACGACUAGAACUAAUCAAUAUUCAAAAAAAAGUUCAUUGACAAACACCUUCUCAGCCAUUCAACUUUCAUACGAAGCGAAUAGAAAUAAUCAAAAACCAAAUUUAUUCCUCUCGCCCGUUUUAUACACAUGUGUGUGACCGACAUCCACACAAAUAUCAUCAGCCUGCAAGUAAAUUGGACAUGAGGGAGCAUUUUAUUGCGAUAAAAAAUUUCCAUAUAACACGGUUCACUUGAUGAAUGAAGCUUUCUGUUUUUUUCCAUUUUCACUACACACCUACGUUACGAACACCAUCGCAUGGAACUUUAAAACGAAGAAAAACUACCAUCGAUUUUGGAUUUAAUGGAAAUGUAUUGGAUAUCACCACCAUAUAUGCGAAAACAGGCGAAAAAUCUUUGUUUUGACAAUGAUUAGUGGCAGUUCGGAACAACUUCUAGAACAGCAGCAGAACGAACAGCGCCGACUUAAAAUAAAAGAAUUAAGCUCGAAAAAGAAAGUUAUUGUCAAAAAGAGAACAUUCCGCGAACGAGUCAGUUUCUACACCACAUCAACGUUAGCUUUUUUUAGCGUCACAGCUGGUGCAUCGUUAUUGUUUCUCGUGCCACUGUAUGUUGAUCCGGCUAUAUCAACAUUGGUGUCAGACUUCACCGACGAGCCCACUUGGUGCACGACACAGAGACGCGAAGAUGUCAUCGGUAUUAUGAAUUGUUCAUGGUCGUCGUGCAGAGAGGGCUGUACAAGUGAUCUGUAUAAGUGCACCCACAUCUAUGUCACAUUUAUCGAAUCGAAUUUAACUUAUUCGCCCAACAUAUCGACUACGAUGUUGGCCAAUUUGACCGAACAUUCCGAAGAAGCAAUAUUAUUGGUUAAUAUUAAAGGAUGCGGUUAUCCGCCCAGUGUAACGUGUAAAAAUUUUUCGGAUAUGUACGGCAUUGAAGGUACAGUGUUUCCGUGCCAUUAUUCGCGUUUGAAUAAGACGGUAGUCAUGACUUCAUACGAUCGUAACGAUCAAGUGUCGAUAAUUAUUCACUUCUUUGUGGUGCCAUUUGUUGUAACCGUGAUAUCGAGUAUUGCCCUAUGCGUUAUGCACUGCGAUUGUCGCUGCAAAAAGGAACGUCGAAGGCGACCGCAUCGGCGAAGACCACGCAUUGAAAAUUUAAGCGACUCAUCGAUAUCGACACGAGUAGAUAUGCUAACACCAGCAAUUGAAGUGUAUAAACCUCCUCUUUGACACAAAGACGAUACGGUAGAGAGCAAUCUCGGAAAUCCAUCAACCAGUAGCGAUCUGUAAUAUUAGUUGUAAGAGUGUAUAGUAAUACAAAAUGCGAUUUGUUAUUUUUACGAGUGACACAAAAGAGAGAAAUCACAGUUGUACGAGCAGAGGAAGCUCUAAUUUGCAUUGCGACAAAAAUUUACCGAUUUGGUUUUUUUUAAAUAUAUCUGUCGUGAUGGAAAUAGUUAAAGUUUUAGAUUAGAUAAAAGCUUGUUGAAAUUGGCGAAGCUAGAAAUUUAAUUUCAGCUUUAAAGGAAAAUUUAUCUUUUUCAAUUGAAUGAAACAUAUGUUAUGGCUUGGCUAUAGAAAAUUUAUUGAUGAAAAAUAUCAUCGUUUGAACGAAAGGUUGUAUAACGUUAUUCGCCCCCCGGGAACGUUGAUGCCAGUUUUAUUUCAGCUCAGCCUGCAGGCAGACAUUAAAAUGAUGAAAUUAUCGGAAAUGUCAUCGAUUUUCCUCUUCACUGGAAAACCAGAAAAUUUCUAAAGAAACGUUUAUAUGGGUCAACUUACCCACUCACAAUGCAUUAUAUAAUGCAAUAUUCACAGAAUUUAUCUUAUGCCAACUGCAGUUGAUAUGACAAACGGCAACUUAACCUUUUCGGGACACAUUUUAGUGACAGAUGAUUUUAUUUUCUUGUAUUGAAUGCAACAAACACAAUGAAUUAAUUUAUCACAGUCACUGAGAUAAAGUUAAAGUGAACCAGAAUUGUGUCUAUGCGUUUUCUUCAGCUGAUCCACUCAUUCAAAACACACAGAGUAUACGUGUUAUUACGGGAAUAUCAGACACACUUACGCGAGUGGUAAAGGUAAAAAAGGUAAAAGCAGACGGCACCCAAGUUUUGGGUAAAUUUAAGAGCAGCGUAAACUCACGCCAUUAUUGCAGCGAUGUCGAUUCCAAUAUAAUUUUUGCAAUAUCAAUGUUGAAAUACUGUUCCAACAGUCAUGCUAUCAUAUUCAACCAGAGACUAUUCUUGGGAAAACAUUUUCGUGAGUUUUCCCAGAUUUUUGCAAAUUUUCAUAAUUUCCAAUUUUUUUGUUAAAAUUAGCGAAAAAUGGGAAAAUAUAGUAGAUCAUUUCCCAAGGACAUUUUUCCAAAUUUGUCACUUUUUCCUCACUUAAACCUAAACCUAAAACUUGGGUUCCAUAUUUAUUAUGGUACGCUAAAGAUUUGCAUUACCUUCAGUGUUUAUUCUGAGUUGCUCACGAAGGCUCAAAAUUUCUAGUGGCACCUCUACGAAGUUAGUGAUCUAUUCGACACUAGAUUUGUAUUUUCACAUGAGUUUGUAGGUGGAAAGUGUUUCAUAUAGCAUUUUAUGAUGCAGGCAUCGAAAAUGUGACAAUUUUCCACAUUAUGUUGGUGACUCCAUUCAAAUUUGGAUACCAGCUGCUUUCAGAACCUUGACAUAAUUUGGUUGACGUGCAUUUAUUAGAGAAAUAUUUAUUUACCUUGAGCUGUGUAUGCGUAUACCCCAGUUUUAGUCAAAAACAAUUUACAAAAAUUAAAAUAAAGUUUGUACAACAAUUUCAUCGCCUAAACUGAAAUGCUAUCCCUGCGAUUAUUAUUUUUGCAAAUUUUAUUUCGUUAACAGAUUUACAGAUUUAUUUAUUAAGAUAGAAAAAGUAUGUGAUCAUUUUGAAACCAAAAGCAAUUUGACUAUCAACAUUUAAAAUAGGUUUGUAUUUAUCGGGUUUUUCGCAUCAGAAUGAAUUUUUAGUAAAUAAAAUGUGGAAAAGAAAAUAAGAAAAAACAAAAAAACAAAAAAAAAUAGCCAAGAAUAGUUUCAUUAUGAUGUAGAUGGCACAGAAUGUUAUAUAUGCCACGUUGGAAAAACAAAUAAAUUUUUUUAAAGAAUUACAGUGCGAAAAAAUAAACAAGUAACAUUUUCAACGAUUACAAUCCAAUUGAUCUUAUUCAUUUAACAAACGAUAUCCACGUACGCAGACGUAUUAGUGGAACGAAUAAAGAGAAUUGGAUUGUAAAUUGUGACUUCUUAGUUUUGUCCGCCUGUAAAUAUAUUUUUUAAACAAAGUUUGUCGACUUUCUUUUCGAACGAAUAUGUUUGCCCAAAUUUGUAAAAACGGCCUUUAAUGUUUUAGUGAUAAUACGAAUCUAUAUAAAGUAUAUAUGAAUGUCGAAUAUUAAUCUAGUUGUUGUUUAUCGGUCGCAGUUGGUAAUUUAUUACUUUUUGGAAUGAGAGAGAAAUAAAAUAAAGAAAAAUGGGGAGGAAGAAAAGAAUAUGAAAAUAACACAAAAAAAUAUAUUAUUAGUUGAAUCGCUCUAAAAAUACAUCAUAAAAAUGAUUUAGGGUCUAUAACACAAAAAUGAAAAUAUAAUUUCACUUUUUGCCAUAAGAAAUUUGAUGAAAAAAAACAGUAUUUUCUAAUUUCUUUAUUUGAUUUGUGUUUAAUAUCGUGUUGUCACGUGUCUAUUUUCUAUAUGAACCGAAAAACAUUCCUAGAAGAAAGUAAAGAAAAAACAAUUUUUAAAAAAAUCCCAAUAUAAUACUCGAUUUUCUAAAAUAAACAGCAUGUCACUCUGUGUCAAACAUGAGACUCGGAUCGAGUCCUCUAAUAUAUAAUAAUAGUGAUAGAGACUAUAUAUACAUAUAUUAACCGGUAAUGUGUUACAAUAUAUGUAUAAUAGAAGACAAUAGGGAAAAAAAUAAAAUGAAAAAGCUUAUAUAGAACAGAUAAUAUAUCGAUUACAAUGAAUUUCCCACAACGCGAAUCAAUACAACUGUCCAAGUUAAUGUUCUCACAACAGGUUUUCAUUCGAGACUUUAACUGAGUUUUCUUUUCAAACUUGUCAUUAUGAUACAUUUUUGCAGUUAAUAUUUUGAAAAUUAAAGCUAAAAGGAAUCAGAAAAGCUUUUCGAUUUUAUUAUCCAACUUCUGAGAUAAAAUGAUGGAUUUCUGCUGAGAUUUUUGUAGGAUAAAAACCAUAAAUGUUGGAUUGAUUGAUGAUUGAUUAAAAGGAGUAAAAUGGUAGACAUUUAACCCCGAAGUUCUAUUGAACUGGGCGUGGGGUAAUCUGGCACCCGGUGCUAAAACAACAUAUCUUUUAACUACUUAAAAUGUGAACUCGCACACGAUUUUUACCAACAUUUUGUAAAAGGAAUCAUUAAGUCGAUAACAGGGCUAAAAAGCAUUUGUAGCAUUAAACUUGCUCGUGUGAGUUCAUCUUUUACGUAGUUCAAGAGUGCGAUUCCACAGUAGCCAGAUUCUCCGAUGUCGUUAAAACACAACAACACUCAUGCAAGUGUGGAUGAUUUAUGAGCGAGUUUUAAUGCUAGAAGCCGUGCUAUGCGACACAAAAACAAUAUUUCUCGAAUCAAAAAUAUGCAAACAUCAGUUAAUUGAUUUGUUGAUAAGACUGGGAGCCUGAAAUAGAUAAAAAGCAUCCUCUAGACACACCGGAAAAAUAUAUGUGAAUAGCGUGAAUAGUGUCACACCCGUGAUAAAAAGAUUAUUGUAAACCAUUUACAAACAGCAAGUGUAUCACCAACGCACUUCAAGCAUGACUGGUACUGUAGAGAGGGUACAAAAUCUGGACAGUGAAACAUAGAAGUUGUUUGAAAAAAUUGUCCAUUCAAAAUUGUACUCUAUUUGGCAACUGUCAAUAGAAUCGCCUUGAUAUUAUCACUGUUACUUCUUUUGUUUAUCUGAUAGUGUUUGAUGCAAAAUCUAUUACUUCAUUAGUUUAAGCAUACGCUUUGAUAUGUAAGAAAGAACAAUAUCCAGGAUCUCAUUCCUAUUUUUGUCUCUGUUGUUGAUAACAGAUGACUUACCUGAAAGCUUGAAUAAGUUCUAUUGUUAUUAACCGAAAACCUGAUGUUGGAAGCCUGAACUUCUUCCAGGUUCCGGUUUCUGUUUCGUAAAUCUGAGACUGACCUGAAGCCUGAAAAAUUACCUUCAGAUUCAGGUACGCCUCUACUUAAACAAGUCGAUCUGAAACUGACGUGGUAGACUGCUGGUCAAUCUCAUCGCUAAAAAUAUUUUCAAAUGCCGACAGUCGACAUUAUUCCAAACAUUUACAUGAAAAAUUAAUCAUUCAAUGGUAAUGGCAUAGCCGAAAUAUACUCAAAUUAAUUGCUGAUCUGAAAUAGCGCAUUACAGAAUACACAACAAUUUUAAUUAUAGCUGAACCGGAUCAAUAAUGUUUACCAUAGAAACUUAAAACGUUUAGCAUUGCGACAGUAUAAUUAAAGCCAUUGAAUUAAGUAAUUAACGAGACAAAUGUGAUUGGAAAACCUGGAACGUAAUUCGGUGGGGUUAUUGAAUUUCUUGCGUGACAAUAAUAAGUCAAAAAUGAAUAUACACAUCACAUGCUUUCCGAAGUUUGAUGCAGGUCCGGACUGACCAUAUAUUGGAAAAUCACAAGUCGGCUUUUCUGAGUUCAUUCAAGUUGCUAUAUUAGCGCCUUUCAGAUAUGCUUUUCAGCGCCUUUUCUUCACUUCAAGCGCUUCUUGCUACAAGCGCUUCUUGCUACAAGCGCUUCUUGCUACAAGCGCUUCUUGCUACAAGCGCUUUUUGCUACAAGAGCGCCUUUCAGUAUCCAGUCCUGCCCUGGGUUGAUGUGGUAUAUACAAUGUAAAUUAUACACAUCGAGUGAAUAGCGUUCAAAUUAAUCGUUCAUUUUCCCAACAUAUGUGGUGUAUCGUUAUCGACCAUGUGUAAUCACAUGGUCAAAGAGUCACAUCAGUCACAAAGUGUCUUUCAAUUUCUAAUCUACGCCACAUAUUAUGCACAUCAGAGAGAGAGAGAGUAUUUUGAUGUUUAUUGCUGUGUUAUAGCCCGUUUUAGAAGGUACGAACAAAUUUACUUACAGCUGGAAGGGUAAAUAUAAGGCAAUACUCGGCCAAACAUGACACAAUGUUUAUUUAUAAAAAUGUGCUCAUAAAGAUUACUUAACAUCAUUAUACGGGAAUUAUGAACGUAAAAGCUAGUCCAGAAGCUAGUAUGUUCGGUGCGGAAAACAUAUGUAGUCAGUAGUCAUAUAGAUAAAGAAAGAAAUUGGUGUCUCUUGUUCUACUUAUAUUAACUAUAUCCGUUCGUAUAGAUGGAAUGGAAAAUAUGUAACAGGAAAAAUCGAUUUUUUUUGUAGUACAUUUGCACUAUGGCACGAGAAUAUGAGUGUCAUAAAUAAUUAAUGUUUUUUUUGGUUGACUAUUUGAAAAAUAUGUACAUCGUUUCGAACAAGUACACGUUUAUGAACAGGUUGACGGUCGGUUAAACCAUCAUGAAUAAAUAAUUUACAGAAAAAAAAAUUGG